AUGAGUUGUAUACAAGAGUUUAUCAAAAAGAACAUUGAAGGUCAAAAUGGAACAGUUACUUAUAUGGACAUAGUUCUUAAAUUUGAAAAUACAACAGCAAAACAAGCACAAGAUGAAUUAAAACAAUACCAAAAAGAACAUAAAAUUGAAAGUUGGGAAGUUGGAAUUGAAGAAAAUGAAAAUGAAUGGCAUAUUACAAAUAAUGGAGAAUGUUAUAUGCUUUAUAAUAAUGAUUUUAAAGAAGAAUUAAACCAAUCAAUGACAAAUUAUUUUAAAUCAGGAAAGUCAGAAGCUGUCAUAGCACCGAAGGUUAUAACAACAACACACACAUUUAAAUCAGAUUUAUUAAAUAAAGAAAAACCAAAAGAAGUAGAAAAGAAAAUAGUUAAUUCAAUUAUCAAAGUAUCAGAAAUUCCUGAAACAAAAAAACCACAACAACCUGAUACAUUAAAAAAAGAAAAUGAUUUAAUAACAAGUGGUAAAUCUCAAAAAAAACUUACAGCUUUCUUUAAUGUAUCAAAAAAGUCUGAAACAAAUUCUCAAAUUAGUUCAACUACCUCAUCAAAGAAAUCUAAAGUCAGUUUAGAUAAUUUCUUUAAAGUUAAAGCAAAACCUAUUGAACAAAAAACAAAGAAAAGAACAUUAAAACCAGUUAAUUCAGAUGAUGAAGAAAGUAAUUAA